GAGGGUUGUGUUGAUGUUGUGAUUAGCACACGAUGACACGGGCUUUCGGCGCAAAGCGGCUGCGGUCUGUGUGUCCUCGAGACAUUUCCCCGAGCGGAUAUUGCUGAGCUGGGAAAAACAUUAAGCACUGAUCCAGCCCGUGUAAGGUUAUGUCGAUUCUUAUUAAUGCAGAUUAACUUCAAUCUUUCAACUUAGCUUUUAUGUUUUUCCAAUUUCUGAAACUAGAGAAAGUCAGUUAAACCGAAAUCAAAGUUAUCCGCAUUGGUCGAGAUGACAAAUUUAAGAGUUAACGUUAUUUAGUUUUACGCCCUAUUUCGCUGUAAGGUUUAUAUAUAUCUUACACUUUUUAUCUUUUUCUAGUUUCAGAAAAUGGGAAAACGUGAAAGUAAGUUGAACCGGGACUCAAGUUAAACGACGUUGGUAAAAACGGGCGAUAAGCGGUUUAAUAUUGAACAGACUGAGCUCGCUCAUCACAGUAGAUGCUACAACUUGCAUCGCGCACCCUAAUAUCACGACCGUACCUCGCGAGACGGAGGUACAGCAGGAUGGUGAGAUAUCUGGGACAGUCGGAGGCUAUUAACCUCGACAAGGACCUGUUCGAGAAGUGCAGGUUCAGCGUGGACCAGCUGAUGGAGCUGGCCGGGCAGAGCUGCGCCGUCGCGAUCGCGGAGUGCUUUCCGCCGGCCGCCGGCGCGCCGAACAGGGUGCUGGUGUGCUGCGGGCCCGGCAACAACGGCGGCGACGGCCUGGUCUGCGCGCGUCAUCUCAAGCACUACGGAUACUCGCCGGAGAUCUAUUAUCCGAAGCGGCCGAGCAACGAGCUGUACGAGCGGCUGCUGCAUCAAUGCGUGGAGAACGAUAUUCCGGUGCUGGAGAACCGGCGUGUAGAAGAGGCGGCCGAUUCCGCGGCUCUGCGAGAAUACGCGCUCGUCGUCGACGCCCUUAUGGGAUUCAGCUUCAGGCCACCGAUGCGCGAGCCGUUCGUCCGCAUCGUCGAUCUGUUGAGGGCCACGAGCGUUCCCGUCUGCAGCGUCGACAUACCGUCGGGAUGGGACGUCGAGCGCGGCCCGCCCGAGGACGGCGGCAUACAGCCGCGGCUGUUGGUGUCCCUCACGGCGCCGAAGCUGGGCGUGACCCGGUUCAAAGGGACCCACUACCUGGGCGGGCGAUUCGUGCCCGAGAAGCUGGCGUCGCGGUACAAUCUCGGUUUACCCGACUUCGCCGGCACGUCGCUGAUCGUCCGGCUGCACUGACGAGCGCUCGCGAGCCAGAGGAAAGUUCGAUCGCGCGCGGUUUAUCUCUCGUCUCGAGCGCCCGUUUGCGAAUGUAAUUGAUUAUCGUUAAAUUGUACACUAGGAAUCACUGAUGCCUUCCCAUACGAAUUUAGGCGCUGAUCGAACACACACACUAGGAGUCACCGAUGCCUAACCACUUGAAUUUCUGUACAUGUCGACACAUUUAUACAUUUUACAUAUGCAUAUGUGGAAAAUGUAUAUGUGUUUUACCAGUGCCUGAAUUCAUAUGGGAGGGCAUCAGUGAUUCCUAGUGUACAUUUUCCAUGUAUGUAUAUGCGGAAUGUAUAAAUGUGUUGAUAUGUGCACAAAUUCAUGUGGGAAGGCGUCGGUGAUUCCUAGUGUACUUCGUUAUUGUGGACAAGUAUAAUGUAUAUACAGUGUAAAUUUACAUUUAUUCAAUUGUUCUCGAAUGAAAUUAAUAAAAUGUUUUCUAUCCUUUCGGAA